GAGGAGGAGGGGGAGGAGGAGGAGGAGGAGGGGGCCCCUUCCAGACGCAGCCAUGGAAUGGGCCAAUGGCGACAUCCGGUGCCACUUUCCCAGGAGUCAUCCUUCUUUCUCCUCCAGCAGCAUCCAGGAGACGGUCGUCGACUUCCACGGCUACACGCCCCCCCCGGGGGGGCAGACCCGCCUCCUCGACUACGGCGGGUCGGACGUGGUUCCGCCGGGGUCAGGCCGCCUACAGGAGUGCACGCCCAACCACUGUGGCGGCGGCGGCGGCGGCGGCGGGGGGGCGUCGUACCCUCCGACGGCCACCCUCACCUAUGGCAUCACGCAUCCCAACUACCAGAUCACCACGAAGUCCAUCAGUACCCACGCUCCCUCUGGGGUCUACUCCACCGACAGAGGUCCUGCGGCGGGGGUGUACAUGCCCCCUCCUCCCUCCAGGGUAGUGGGGGACUAUGCCCCCAGCUACCCAUCAGCCGCACAUCAGCAGCAGCAGCAGCAAUCAUACCCAGGUUCGCAGUCGUCACCUCCGUACCACUCGGAGAGCGAGCACCAGCGCGCCGCGGCGGCCUACGUGGGUGGAUCCUGCAGCGAGUGUCCGGUCAGUGCCACCUGUGAUUACAGCGGCGUGGGCGUGGGCGGGGGGACGCACCACCACCUCCAACACCACCCCUCCAUGCCCCCUACCAGCUGCGGGUACCCACUGUCGUCGGACGAGUGCCACGUCGUCCGCACGGACUUGGGUCCCCUGCCCGAUAUACACCCGGAAAUCAGGUCGACGACGUCCGGGGGGAUCGUGGGUGACAUGCGGCACCACCCUCACCCCCAUCAUCACCCCUCCUCCUCCUCCUCCUCCUCAUACCACCACAUCCACCACACCCCUCCGCCACCUCCGCCUCCCCAGCAGCAGCAGCAGCAGGGGGGCGAGAUGAGAGAUGACCUUCUGCGGCCGGAGUGUUACGACGGAGGAGGAGGAGGAGGAGUAGGAGGAGGACUCCGCAGCCACCACGCGAGCCACUGCGACCUGAGGGAGUUCGAGGAGUGGCGGGAGAUGCGGGGUUCGAGAGAGUCAGUGGGCACGCUGCCCCCAGAGCUCGAGACCCACCUGAAGCAGUGCCGAUGCCCCUGCGAUCAUCUGGGCUACGGGAAUUACCAGAGUCUGGUAGACGGCCGCGUGUCGCAUAUCUCCCGCAGCCAUAGCAGCUGUAGUGUAGACACUUGUAGACACGAUCCUCCUACUGUCUACACCCAGCUUUCCUACUUAGACUCCCCGAGAUCGACAUCCUCGAACGGAUUCACACACCGGAGAAAAGCCGUCGGCGGAGAACUCGGCACGAGACACUGGUGGCUCGUGGGACUCGUCUUUCUAGUGGCAGUCACCGCAGGAGUCGGGGUGGGGGUGCCCCUGGCCCUGAGGGGCGAUCCUAAGCAGUCCCUGGACAAGAGAUUGGAGAUAGCGAGGAAGAUCUUGUCUGAGUAUCCCCUCAUAGACGGGCACAACGACCUACCGUGGAAUAUAAGAAGCUUCAUCCACAACCAAUUAGAGAAGUUGAAAUUGAACGAGAGUUUGAAAUUGAUAGAACCCUGGUCGAAGAGCAACUGGUCGCAUACUGAUCUGCCCCGGUUGCUGCAAGAAGGGACUCGUUCGGGUUCUGGGUCGCCUAUACGCCCUGUGACUCACAGUACCUGA